AUCAAUAGAACAAAAGAACAAAAAAAAGAAGAAGACAGAAGCUGCUCACAACUCAUCAAUGGCUGCUCAAAUCCCCAUAGGGACACGAGGAACUAUCGGAUCACUUGUACGUAAAGAAAUCGACUACUUCAAAAACUUCAACACAUGUCCCCAGUACGAUCCACGGAGAGGUAACUCUGAAGAGAACACAAAGGGCUGUGAACGAAGAGAUAGCUCAUCACGGCUGAGUUCUUGGUUCUCUAGAACAAAGUGGAGUAAGAAGAAGAAGCGGCAGAGUUGCGGUGGCGGUGGUAGGUUUUUGCCAAGUAUGUGCUCGGCGGUGGAGGUUUCCGGUGAGAAUCAGGUUCCUGGUUUCAACUAUAGGAUCUUGAAGAAUGAUGAGAAGGUCUUGCGUGCGUAAAGGGUUGUUUAUGUUGAUGAUUACGGUAAAAAAAAUCAACGUAGAUCUACAUAAACUUUUUUUUCUUUUUAAUUAUGUGUUAGUUUGGUUACAUUUUAUAAUGUCAAUGAGCAUAUUCUGCUUUUCUUUUACCAGUGUAAAUUAAAAAUCAAUAUUUAUAUGUAUGAUGACUCACAUAUGCAUGCUCAAGGAUUUUCUUUUUGUUUGGUGGUAUGAUGACCUAUGAUUAUGACGUAUGCUAAACACUAA